AUGGAAGAAGUUAUGUCCGCACUCCGUAAGCUCCAACAAGACAUGGACCAACAGAAAAUUACAAUUGAAAGGAAUGGAGAGAAAGUUACUGAACAGAUAACAGAAAACAUAAACAAAACUUUAGACACAAAAUUUAGAAUAUGGGAAGACAGUCAAGAAAAAUUACUGCAAAAGAUAGAAAAACAGGAACAGAGGCUUCAUACGCUAGAAAAGCAAGUAAGACAGAGAAAUUUGGUAUUUUUCGGCAUCGAGGAAAAUGAAAAAUCUUACUCACAGCUAGAAACAAAUAUCAUUGACUUCAUAAACAACUUCCUUUCAAUAAAAUUAAAUAACAUAGAUAUUCAAGAAGCCAGGAGGAUCGGCAAAAAAUCAGAAAACCCCCGCCCCAUUACUGUUACAUUUACCACCUUGGGCAGCAAAAUCAAAAUAAUUAAGCAAAAAGGUCUACUAAAGGACACUGCAUACUACAUAAAGGAAGAUUAUCCACAACAUAUCUUGGAGAAAAGAAGAGAGCUACAAGAACAAGCGCAGGUAGAGAAAAAUAAAGGAAAUAAAGUCAUCAUAAAGUAUGACAAAUUAAUUGUACUAAAAAAUAAUUCAGAGACCGAAUCAAGCUCAGAUACCAGGAAACGGAACCUAUCCAUCUCACCACAAAAUAACUUAAACUCUCAAGUAUACACUCCACAGCCUACACGCAAUAUUCAAUUGGCAAAGAAAAAUAAAACUGUAGUAACGCGGAAUACAUCCCAAAGCUCACCUAGUACGUCACAAGGACCAGUUAAACCAGGCAUCCUUAACUUCCUAACGAAUAAGCAAUCAAACGGCAAGCAGGAAGGAGAUAAAAUAGAACCGAAGACAACUUAA